GAAAUGUAUUAGCUGAAGUAUGGAGUUUAAUGGAAAUUGAUGGCUAUAAUGUUAAUGCAAAAUAUGUUGGGGCAGGUGAACAAAAUCUUCCUGAUUUUCUAGACAUUAAAUGGUAUCCAGAACUUGCUUCAAAUGGUAAAAUGUAGAAAUACAGAAUGCCGUCGCCCAAGAAGUGGCCUAUUUAGAUUACUAGACAAUAGGUUUCUUC